CCUUGUGUGCGCCGGAACCUUCAGCGCUUGGGUUGGAGGGAAGAGUCGGGCGUUGUAGCCAUGAGACAACGAGAGAAGGAAGCCCUUUAAGUUCGACUCCGGCGGCGAUGGCCAGAAGCCAGGCGGGCGCCGUGGGGCUGGUGCUGAGAGGGAGGAAAGGGUCCUCCCUGGUUCGGGGAGGCCCUGGCCUGGUCCUCCAUAUUCCCAGCGGCGCCGGGCGGUUGGGAGUCACACUCUUCCGGGUCCCCCUCCGUUGCCUAGGAGACGGGAGGCGCGCGGCGGGGAGACCCCGUUUCCUCAGCAGGAACGCGGCUCGAUGGCGGGCCGCCGAAGAGAGAGAUGUCACCAUUUCUGCAUCACCAGCACAGUCUGAAAACACCAAAGUUAGUUUUUCUCUAUCUGGAAGCAGAAAGCUUUAUUUUGACACUCAUGCCCUCGUAUGCCUCCUGGAAGCAAAUGGAUUCACUACUCAGCAGUCUGAGAUAAUUGUUUCUGCUUUAAUGAACAUUAUGAAGAGCAACACGGAUGUGAUAUACAAGGACAUGGUCACGAAAAUACAACAGGAAAUUGCUCUUCAGCAGAUAAUGUCUCAUAUUGGUGUUGUGAAAAAAGAUAUGAUUAUUUUAGAGAAGAGUGAAUUUUCAGCACUCCGAGCAGAAAAUGAGAAAAUAAAACUUGAACUUCAGCAGCUAAAGAAGCAAGUAACGGAUGAAACUUCCAAAGUUCGCACAGACAGCAAGUUAGAUUUCAAUCUAGAAAAAAGCAGAGUGAAAGAAUUGUAUUCACUUAAUGACAGAAGACUAUUGAAAAUGAGAACAGAAAUAGUGGAAUUGCAUGCACAUCAAGAUCGAGCUUUAACGCAGACGGACAGAAAAAUAGACACCGAAGUUGCAGGUCUGAAAACAAUGCUUGAAUCGCACAAACUUGACAACAUUAAAUAUUUAGCAGGUUCAGUAUUUACAUGUCUUACCGUUGCACUGGGAUUUUAUCGUUUAUGGGUAUAACAAAGCAUCUAUUCUGAAACAACAUGUACUGUCUUGCCUUAGAAAAUGAUAGGUUAUCAUCUAGCUGAAAUAAUGUAGCCUUUACUGCAAACAACCACUGCCAUUUUAUUUAUUUGUUGAACUGAAGAAUGUAACCAAAGAAUGUGCCUGAAAACAAAUGUAAGUAUCAAUACUGUAUAUCUAUAGAAACAUGGCCUGUCUCACAGGCCACCAUAUUUUAUACUGCCUUGCCCAACCACAUAAUUUGUAUGUGUUUCUAGGCUACUGUAAUUCUACGAUUAUUUACCAGCAAACCAAAUGUAACUAUUAAAUUAUAGGAGAACCUAGAUUUACACAUUUCCUUUGUGUUGUUAAACCAUUCUGUAAAAAUUGUCUAUGUGUUUUAACAGAUGAUUAUACUUUGAUUGUGAUCUACUGUGGUAAAUUUCUAUCCAGCUAAUGUUUUAUGAACAGGUAAUGUACAAGUUCAUAUUGAAAAGUAAAUGCCAAAUGAAUAGUAGAGUGAAAACCACAUCCUAAGUGUCAACUUGAUAUUUUUUAAAAAAGGAAGAAAAAUGAU